UCUCCAAUAAGGACUUACCCCCAAAACAAAACACCCCAUAUAAAUCGCAAAUCCUCCAAACCCAGAAUUCCAAAUCUCACGCAUUCAACCAAAACGACCUCAAAUCCUUCACACCCAGUAUUCCAAAGAUCUCAGAGUUCUAGAGAACAAGAACAAAGAUGUGCUGCCCGGGAAGAGUGUGCAUGUGCUGCACGUGCCUGAUUCUGGUGGUGAUACUUGUCGGGUUGCUGUUUGGGUUCGGAGUCUUCAAGAACGGGUUUCACAAGCUGAAAGACACCGUGAAUUAUUGCGACCCGGAUGUUCAUGGGUCUCUGUGUGGCAGCAGACCCUUCUUGGGUUACGCUGCUCCUCCUUACUACUAAGUUGGUUCGGUUCUUUCUAAUUCCUUGUCAUUUGUUUAUUUGUUUUGUUAUUAUUUGAAUCAUGUAAUCUGGGUUAUUGGGUUACAUUUGGAUGUUGUUCUUGGAAUGUAGGUUCUUUUAAUUUUAUAUAUUGUUCAAUGUUGGUAUU